AUGGGGCGGCGGGCGCGGGGCGGCGGCGGCGGCGGCGGGGGGCGGCGGUGGCCCGCGGCGCUGCUGCUGCUGGCGCUGGCGCUGCCCGCGGCGCGGCCGCGCGGGCUCUACGCGCCCGGCGGCCCGCUGGAGCUGCUGGGGGCCGGCACGGCGGAGCGGCGCCUGCUGCGCUCGCCCAGCGCCUGGGCCGUCGAGUUCUUCGCCUCCUGGUGCGGCCACUGCGUCCACUUCGCCCCGACGUGGCGGGCCCUGGCCGCCGACCUCCGCGAGUGGAGGCCCGCCGUGACGAUUGCUGCCCUCGACUGUGCCGACGAGGCUAACCAGCAGGUGUGCGCGGACUUCGGGAUCACCGGCUUCCCCACGCUGAAGUUUUUCAGAGCUUUUUCGAAGAAGGCAGAAGAUGGGAUAAGGAUUGCUAUUCCCAGCAGCACCGUCCGGGACCUGAGGCACAGCAUCAUCACCAACCUGGAGCAGAGCCAGGACGCCUGGCCACCUGCCUGUCCUCCGCUGGAGCCAGCGAGCCCGGAGGAGGUUCGCAGCUUCUUCCAGAGAAACAACGUAAGGUACCUGGCGCUGAUCUUUGAGAAGAGCGACUCCUUUGUGGGCAGAGAGGUGACACUGGACAUGCUGCAGUACGAGAACAUCGCCGUGAGGAGGGUGCUGAGCAGCGAGGAAGAGCUCGUGAAGAAGUUUGGAGUGACCACCUUCCCUUCCGGCUACCUGCUCCUUAGCAACGGGUCCUUCUCCCGCCUGCCCGUGCACAUGGAGGCACGCUCCUUCUACACCUACUACUUGAGGACACUCUCUGGCGUGACCCGAGGCUCUUACAAGCUGAACGUGACUUCCAGCACUUCCAACGUGACCGGCGCAUCCCAGCCGAAGCACGCUGACCGCUCCAAGGUGUACAUGGCCGACCUGGAGUCUGCGCUUCACUACUCGCUGCGGGUGGAGGCGACCCGGGCCGCCGCGCUGUCGGGGUCCGCGCUGUCGGCCUUGAAGUGCUACGUGGCGCUGCUGGCGAAGCACUUCCCGGGGCGCCCCUUCGUCCGGACCUACCUGCGGUCUCUGGACGGCUGGCUGAGGAACUGGACGGAGCCCGAGCUGCCUCGCGCCGUCCUGAAGGAGGCCCUGAAGAACCAGGGAGACGCCUCCCACCCCGCCGUGCUGCCCGCCAACGUGACCUGGGUGGGCUGCCAGGGCAGCGAGCCCCACUUCCGCGGCUACCCCUGCUCCCUGUGGACCCUCUUCCACCUGCUGACGGUCCAGGCCCUCCGGAGCGGCCCGGACGAAGAGCUGCCGCUGGAGGUCCUGAGCACCAUGCGCUGCUACGUCAAGAGCUUCUUUGGCUGCCGGGAGUGCGCCCAGCACUUCGAGGCCAUGGCCGCCGGGUCCGUGGAGAAGGUGCGGGGCCGGGAGGAGGCAGCCCUCUGGCUCUGGUCGCACCACAACGAGGUGAACGCUCGGCUGGCCGGUAGCGACACGGAGGACCCCAAGUUCCCCAAGCUGCAGUGGCCUCCGCCGGACUUGUGUCCGCUGUGCCACAGGGAGGAGAGCGGGGUGCACGCGUGGGACGAGCCGGCCGUGCUGCGCUUCCUCAAGGACCACUUCUCCCCGGCCAACAUCCGCCCGGACUACACCGAGUCCGAUGCGGACCUCCUGGCCAGGGAGAGCCGGGAGCCGGGACCGCCGGCAGACACGAGGCUCAGCACCAGCAGGCCCCCGGAGGGGGAGGUGGAGAGGGAGAAGGAGGAGGAAGAGGAGGAAGAAGAAAAAGAGGCGGAGAAGCCGAACGAGGAGGGCGCGGAAGGAGAGGGGGGAGCGCCGGAGCGGCCGGGCUCCUCCGAGCCGCGCAGGCCCAGCAUCGUGCGGAUGAACCCCAAGCCGCGGGAGACGGAGGAAGACAUCGUGGACCUGGACUCCUUCAGCGAGCGGCACUUCAGGAGCAAGGCGCUGAGGGCCGCGGCGGCCGGCAGGCGCCGGCGGCUCAGCAAGCGGGACACCAUCCCGCUGCAGCGGGCGCCCGGCGGCCCCCGGGACGCGGCGGCGGGCUGGGAGCGCCCGCGGCUGGGCUCGUGGCGCCGCGGCGGCCCGGACGAGGAGGAGGAGGAGGCCGGGGCCGGCCUGCGCCGGAGCCAGUGGUUCCGCGUGCUGGGGCUCGGCUUCUCCCGCGUGGACAUCAGCCUGUGCGUCGUGCUCUACUUCCUCUCCUCCAUGUGCCUCCUGGGCAUGUACACCUUCUUCCGCCUCCGCACGCGCUCCCGGAAGGGCCGCCCGGGCUUCCCCGUGGCCUGAGCGGGGCGACGGCGCGGGGGGCUCCCCGCAGCAGAAGGGGGAGGGUUUCGCCCUGGCCGC